AGUCAGGAAACACACACGUGAAAACAAUCUUUGCACAGUCAUGUGUCAAGUUGAAGAGGAAUAUAAUGGUCUGGAGUGUAAGCAGGAGAAGAUACAUGUGCCGACGCUUAACAGGACAUGUAUGAAAUGUAAGGAGGAAAGUUCUGUGCUCAUCAUUCGUGUCAAUAAUGCAUUUUUCAGGUCCUGCUUCAAGGAGUACUUCAUACACAAAUUUCGGACAAUGUUGGGAUUGGGAAAGAAUCGUGUCAUCUUUUCCCAGGAAAAGGCUACGCAAUCAUGGGGAAGACCGCUGAUCUGACAGUUUGUCAAGAAA